AUGUAUAGCGAGAAUUUCCUUCGUCUGAUGAAACUGUGCCUUUCGCAGCUUCCCUUGUCCGUAUUACGAAAAGGUACCUCUUUCACUUGCCCUCAGCCCAAGAAUAAUAUCGGCCGUGACCCAAUUCAAGCCCGAUAUUAUACAUGCAUCAUCUCCCGGCAUUAUGAGUUUCUGCAUAGGGCUGCUGAUCUUACACUCGUCCCGUCUGCUGCCAUUGGAAAAGAUCUUGAAGCAGCUAAUGUAACUUCAGAAAACAGGAUAGGUGUCUGGAACAAAGGUGUAGAUUCCGAGAGCUUUCAUCGUCGGUUUCUCUCCCGAGAAAUGAGAUCACGAUUGAGCAACGGAGAAACCGAAAAGCCAUUGAUAGUUCACGUAGGUCGCCUUGGAGUCGAGAAGAGUUUGGAUUUCCUAAAGAGAGUAAUGGAUAGGCUUCCAGAAGCUCGAAUAGCUUUCAUUGGUGAUGGGCCUUACAGGGUCGAACUCGAGAAGAUAUUCUCGGGCAUGCCAGCUGUAUUCACCGGCAUGCUCCAAGGAGUGGAUCUUUCGCAAGCGUAUGCCAGCGGGGAUGUUUUCAUCACGCCCUCCGAGUCGGAGACUCUCGGGCUCGUCGUCUUGGAAGCCAUGUCAUCCGGGCUGCCCGUGGUCGCGGCCCGGGCAGGUGGCAUCCCGGAUAUCAUACCCGAGAGUCACGAAGGGAAGACAGGCUUCUUGUUCUGCCCCGGUGACUUGGACGAGUGCCUGAGAAAGAUGAGGCCCCUUCUGCACGACCGAGACUUAAGAUGGGCAGUCGGGCAGGCUGCCCGUGCUGAGGUCGAGAAAUACGAUUGGAGAGCGGCCACCCGAAAGAUCAGAGACGAGCAGUAUAGUGACGCGAUCCGGUUAUGGAGGAAAGAGAGGGAAGAGUUCUUGCGACCGUUUAGGUGGUUGUUCGGGGGAGUUGAUUUUCGGGCCUCAUUGGUUGGGGCGUGA